AUGGAUGACGACGUAGAAGUUAUUGCAGCUGCUGCUAUUUAUUUAAUGAGCGCUGAAAAUUAUUAUGUCAGUGUAUACCGCACUAAAGUUGUGAAAAAGAAAAGACAAAAAAUAAGGUGGUGGAUGUUGAGCAUUCACAAAAAUAGAACAAGUUAUGUAUAAGAGAUCGCAGGUCUACCAGAAGUAGCCCCUAUUGACAUACCGAAAGUCGCAGUAGCCCAUAAUCUAGAUAUGAACAAGCUGGAUGUACAGUCAUAUCAAAAACUAUUAGACUCUAAGGACAAACCCGGACCCAUCCUAGUCGAAAUGAAGAUAAGAGACAUCAAACAGCUGUGGGUCAAUGCAGAUAAACAAAUGCGCCUCACCCUAGGAUAG